AUGUCCACUUGGAUGGGCGCGAGUGCCUUGGUCAUCUCUAGCCUUUCAGCUUUGAACGUUUGCAUCAUCCUCGGCGACCGCCUCCACCUGGUCUCACUCGCCGAUAACAAGCACAGCAACGGCGAGCGCGUCGCCCGCACACAGAGUGGACGCGAAGCACAGGCCGAGCUGGUGGUGAGUGCCCCCGCCGGUACGUGGCUCCUCCGCGACACCUUCCAUCAAUCUGCCGUCGUCGAUGGCCCCGACAGGGGCCUCGCACGCGUCCGGCGCACGCCCCAGCUCGCGGAGCCCGUCCCCGAGUCCGAACUCUCGACCGCCCUCUCCACGCUCUCCGACGGCCUCCACCUCUGCCGGACCCUCCUCGCGACCGCCGACGACGCCUCCGGGACCUCGUCACAGGCGGAGGAGGCGCUGCUCUUGAACGCGGGGCACGAUUCCUUCUUGCAGGGCGAGGUCGCGGCACGGAACGUCACCCGGCUGAUCAAGCAGGCCGAGUGCGAGAACAGGGCCGGGGCGGAUGUUGUGUCGAGGGAGGGUGUUGAGUUGGUCGUGCAGGACGGGGAGACGGAGGAGGAGGACCUUGAGCUGGAGGGGCACACCUCGAGCGCGCCGUCAUCGGUCGAUCAAGGUGUCCCUCGAUCGGAACAGGCCGACCUCGACGCGGACCACCCGGACGAGAAGAUCCCGGGCGCAGCGCCGCGACCGGUGUAUACGACGAAGGAAGUUGGUUUGUGA